UUCUAUACGACUUCACCAGCAUCUCUUACAUCGUCAACACCACCAGGUCGAUAACCACACUGCAGCAAGUUCUCGGACUCUCCGCUUCUUCAACCUAGUAGCGUCAGACACCGCCCACAGCAGACUUUCUAUAGCAAUAAUUGUCGGUUUAUUUACGACGCGAUGCUGAGCAACGCGUGGACAUUUACGCCCCAGGAUGCUCUGGGGUAUUUUGGUACCAACCCAGAUACUGGUCUCACUGAAGAACAGGUCAAACGGAAUCGAGAGGCUUAUGGCGAAAAUUCCUUGCCGGAAUCGGCGCCCAACAGUCUUUUCAAAUUGAUUCUUGCCCAGUUCCAAGAUCAACUUGUGCUUAUCCUUCUUGGAUCUGCUGUGGUCUCAUUCAUCCUGGCCAUCUUUGAAGAUUCUGCUGAACCUGGAGGCUCAUGGAUGACUGCGUUUGUCGAGCCCUUGGUUAUUCUUCUUAUUUUAGUUGCCAACGCUGCUGUUGGUGUUAUCCAAGAAACAAAUGCUGAGAAGGCUAUUGACGCUUUGAAAGAAUACUCUCCCGAUGAAGCCCUGGUUCUCCGUAACGGCCGCCUUUCUCGAGUCUCUGCCUCUUCCCUCGUCCCUGGCGACAUUAUCUCCGUCCACGUUGGUGACCGAAUUCCAGCUGAUUGUCGAAUUCUUUCUUUUUCAUCUUCCUCCUUCCGAGUCGACCAGGCCAUGCUCACUGGUGAAUCGAUGUCUGUUGGCAAGACGGACGCUGCGAUCAAGGACGACUCGGCUGUUAAGCAAGACAUGACCAAUAUGCUUUUCUCAGGUACUAUUGUUGUCAAUGGUGCCGCCAAGGCCCUCGUUGUUCUUACUGGUAGCAGAACAGCCAUCGGUGCCAUCCACUCUAGCAUCUCCAAGGGUGACGAGGAAGAAGAAAAGACACCAUUGAAGCGCAAGCUUGAUGACUUUGGAGAUCAGCUUGCCAAAGUUAUUUCUGUCAUUUGCAUCCUCGUUUGGCUUGUAAACAUCCGACAUUUCAAUGACCCUAGUCACCAUGGUUGGCUCAAAGGUGCUAUCUACUACUUGAAGAUUGCUGUGGCUCUGGCCGUUGCCGCUAUCCCUGAGGGUCUUGCUGCUGUCAUUACAGCAUGUUUAGCCUUAGGAACCAAGAAGAUGGCCAAACGAGGUGCGAUCGUGAGGAAUUUACCCAGUGUGGAAACGUUAGGUUGCACCAAUGUCAUUUGCUCUGAUAAGACCGGUACCCUUACCACAAAUCAAAUGAGCGUCUCUCGUUUCGUCACCUGUGACGAUGCUGGUUUUACCGAGUACCAAGUCGGUGGUACCACAUUUGCUCCCAUUGGUGCCGUCACCAGGUCUGAUGGACAGCCCUUGGAUAAAUCGACUUUAAUUACACCGAUUAUCAGGAAGCUCUCUGAAAUCUGUGCCAUCUGUAACGAUGCUAAGGUUGCUUAUCAUCCUGAAAGUGAAACUUACAGCAACGUUGGUGAGCCUACGGAAGCCGCCUUGAAGGUCCUAGUCGAGAAGCUUGGCUCGGACAACGACCUAUUUAACUCCGGUCUUGCCACGCUCGACCCCCUUGCUCGCGCUACUGCCGUGAACGACUAUUACGACUCCAACGUUAAGCGUCUUCUUACCUUUGAAUUCAGUCGGGACCGCAAAUCCAUGUCUGUGCUCUCUCAAUCAUCCAACGGUACUUCUCUUCUUGUCAAGGGUGCUCCUGAGUCGGUUCUCGAACGAUGCUCCAAUGUGCUUCUUCCCAACGGUGUCAAGGCCUUUACCCCUGAGCUACGAAAGAAGCUCGAGGAGAAACAGCUAGAAUACGGGCACAAGGGCCUUCGAACCCUUGCGCUUGCUUAUGUCGAUGAGUCGGAUGGUGAUGUUUCUCACUAUAAGACCGAUAGAUCAGAGGAUUAUGUCAAGUUUGAGCGAGAUAUGACUUUUGUCGGCCUCAUCGGCAUGCUUGACCCUCCUAGGCCCGAAGUUCGUGACGCUAUUGCCAAAUGCAAGACUGCCGGUAUUAGAACUAUCGUCAUCACUGGAGACAACAAGAACACUGCCGAAACUAUCUGUAGAGAAAUCGGAGUCUUUGGACAUGAUGAGGACCUCACAGGCAAGAGUUACACUGGAAGGGAGCUUGACGCCCUUAGUCAUGAAGAGAAAAUUGCUGCGGUUCAACGAGCCAGUCUUUUCUCCCGAACCGAGCCCACUCACAAAUCUCAAUUGGUCGACCUUCUUCAAGGCCUUGGUCUUGUCGUUGCCAUGACUGGUGAUGGUGUGAAUGACGCUCCUGCGUUGAAGAAGGCGGAUAUCGGUAUUGCUAUGGGUACUGGCACAGACGUCGCUAAACUCGCCGCCGACAUGGUCUUGGCCAACGACAAUUUUGCUACUAUUGAGAAGGCGGUCGAGGAAGGUCGUGCCAUCUACAACAACACCAAACAGUUUAUUCGAUAUCUCAUUUCCUCCAACAUUGGUGAAGUUGUUUCCAUCUUCCUUACUGUAUUGCUUGGCAUGCCUGAGGCCCUUAUUCCGGUCCAGCUCCUUUGGGUUAACCUCAUCACUGACGGUCUUCCUGCCACUGCUCUUGGAUUCAACCCUCCUGACCACCAGAUCAUGAAGACGCCUCCUCGAUCAGGCAAAGAGCCCUUGGUUGGCGGUUGGUUGUUCUUCAGGUAUAUGGUAAUUGGUACCUACGUUGGCUGUGCGACUGUAUUCGGAUAUGCGUGGUGGUUCAUGUUCUACACCGGUGGUCCUCAAAUCUCCUUCUACGAACUUACUCACUUCCACCAAUGCUCUUCUGUAUUCAGCAACCUUGACUGUUCCAUGUUCACUGGUCUCCCAGCCCAACGUGCUACAACUGUCUCACUCUCCAUCCUCGUUGUCAUCGAGAUGUUUAACGCUUGCAAUUCCCUUUCUGAGAACGAAUCUCUCUUUGUCCUGCCUUUAUGGUCGAACCCGUACCUCGUCGCGAGUAUCAUCCUGAGCAUGGCCCUUCACUUUAUGAUUCUCUACGUUCCCUUCUUCCGGGAAAUGUUUAGGAUCACCGCCCUUAACAAGGAGGAAUGGAUCGCUGUGAUUGUGAUCUCUUUCCCUGUCAUUGUCAUUGACGAGGUUCUCAAGUUCAUUUCGAUGAGAAUGGUGAAGAGUGAGAAGAGUGGGAAGGCUCAGUUGAAGGAGAAGGCUGAAUAAUGGGGAGAGUGACGGGUUUCGAUGUGUGUUGGUUUUUGUUGACAGGAAAAAUGUAGUUAUCAAAAUCUACAAUCGCAUCUCACUAUAUAGAAGUUAUAUGUAAUGUUUUCGGAUCGUUAGAUGAGAUGAUGCGAUACA